AUGUCUACGCUCGUCCUGUACACCAUCCCGCCAUCCGUUUGGGCAUCUGCGGCGAGGCUUGCUAUCUACGAGCUCGGGUACGAAGACGACGUCAAAUUCAAGGACGUCAAUCUUGCCCAAGGCGAGAACUUCCAUCCUGAGUUUUUAGCAAAGAACCCCAACGGCACCCUACCCACGCUCGAGACACCCGAGGGUACGCUCACCAACACCACCGAUGUGAUCAAGUACCUCGUUGAGCAUGCGUCGAAGGAGGUGAAGACCAGCGACGUGACCCUCAUCGAGAGCCUUCACAGCGACGCGCUGGACCCCAAUUUUGCGAAGCAGAUGGCACGCACCGAAGAAGAGCUCGCCGCUAAGUCCCACGCCUUCCUCCUGGCUUUCCUUGAGGGCCGCCAGCGCGCUCUCGAAGAGCAAUCCGCUCGCCCCGAAGGCGCACCCUAUAAGGACUUCUACGACGCGAAGAAAGCAUCCAACGGAGACUUUCUUGCCAUCGUCAACGGCAGCGCUCCCUCGGACGUCAAGCAGGUGCUAUUCGACAAGGCCAAAGCGCUCCACGAAAACCUCCGGUCGUUCAUCUACGACGAGCUGCCCAGGAUACUCCCAAACCCCUGCAGCGGCAGCGACAUGCUAUGCGAGACCAGCAGCGACAUGCCAUGGGAGACAAACAGCGGCAGCGAUCAUUUUCUCGGCGGCGAUCUUCCGGGCGAGGCUGAUUUCCAUCUCGCUGCAUGGCUCGCGCGCAUUUUCUCGACAUGCGGUGCCGACGCAGCGGGGGACGCGUCGGAGAAGUCAAAGGCCGCCUUCGGAGGACAGCUGCCGCCGAGCGUUCUGGAGUACUGGAAUGCUUGGGUGGCGCGACCGAGUUGGGGAAAGGUAUAUGGCCAGGGUCUACACUGAGUGCAUGGUCCUAUGGAAGGUGCAGGGUCCAUUGGCAGGGGUCUCCAUUCAGCAAUGACAUUGUAAGGUUUUUCAUCAGGUGGGCGCAAACGCCCCUGGCUUGCAAUGAACGUUCGUCUUUGGCUAGAGUUCA